AUGCGGUUCACCGAUCGAGCUUCGCUCUUCUCAUCGGCUCUGCUAGCAAUUCCUUCUUUGACUACGGCCUUUUACCUACCAGGCGUCGCACCGACCUCCUACAACGAAGGACAAGCAGUUCCACUUUAUGUCAACCACCUCACCCCCGGCCUCUCCCGCGAUGAUCAGCUUCAUUCGGUUUUCUCAUAUGACUACUACCAUCCCGCAUUCAGUUUCUGCCGGCCCGCAGAUGGCCCCAAGGAUGUGAGGGAGUCCCUGGGGAGUAUUCUAUUCGGUGAUCGAAUUCGCACCUCUCCAUUCGAGCUUCACAUGGCAAAGAAUGAGACUUGCAAAUCGAUAUGCGCAGAGGCCAAAUUUGAUGCACGCAGUGCAAAGUUUACAAACCGGCGGAUCGCUCAGGGAUACAACAUCAAUUGGCUUGUUGAUGGAUUGCCGGCCGCGCAGCUGAACUACGACAGCGUGACCAAGACCAACUUCUACAAUCCUGGCUUCUCUCUGGGUGAAGUAGAUGACAAUGGACAGGUGCUGCUCAACAAUCACUAUGACAUUGUGAUUGAUUACCACAAGGUGGGCUUUGGUGGCAAGAAUAAAUAUCGCGUUGUCGGGGUGCUUGUACAACCAAGGUCUCGCAAGGACUCACGGAAUCUAGAGGGUGGAGCUGCCGAGUGCGGCACCCAAGGCAAUACUCUCACUCUUAACGAGGAUGGGGAGACAACUGUCACCUGGACGUAUAGUGUGUUCUGGAAGGAGUCCCCCACAGCCUGGGCGACCCGGUGGGACAAGUAUUUGCAUGUUUAUGACCCCAAGAUUCACUGGUUUUCUCUUAUCAACUCGGCCGUUUUCGUGGUAUUCCUUGUUGGUAUGGUCAGCAUGAUUCUCGUCCGUGCACUCAAGAAGGAUAUUGCUCGCUAUAAUCGGCUGGAUUCCUUCAAUCUGGAGGAUUUGGAUAGCACUUCGGCCGCUAUUGAAGAUGGAGUCCAAGAGGAUUCCGGCUGGAAGUUGGUCCACGGCGAUGUGUUCCGGUGCCCACAAUACCCACUGCUCUUGAGUGUGAUGGCAGGCAACGGCGCCCAGCUGUUCAUGAUGACAGGUGUGACUGUUGCAUUUGCCCUGCUUGGUCUCCUCUCCCCUUCCAACCGCGGGUUCCUGGCCACCGCUAUUCUCCUAAUAUCCGCCCUUUUCGGUGGCAUUGGCGGUUACGUAUCGGCUCGAAUGUACAAGUCGUUUGGGGGUGAUGCUUGGAGGCGCAACAUUAUCAUGACACCUCUAUUUGUCCCUGGCAUUGUGUUUGUAACUUUCUUCACACUGAAUCUCUUCGUGUGGGCCAAGGGAUCCAGUGGUGCUGUGCCAUUUGGAACUAUGUUGGCAUUGGUCUUAAUCUGGUUUGUUAUCAGUGUGCCACUGAGCGUGGCAGGCAGCUGGUUAGGGUUCAAGCAAUCGCCACUUGAAGGUCCCACUAAGACGAAUCAAAUUCCUCGGCAGAUUCCUCCGAUGUCUGGUAGUCUGCGUCCGAUCCCAUCAGUCCUGCUCACCGGACUCCUGCCCUUCGGUGCGAUUUUCGUCGAGUUGUUUUUCAUUAUGAACUCCCUCUGGACCAACAAGAUCUACUACAUGUUUGGGUUCCUGUUCCUCUGCUACGGUCUGAUGAUCAUCACUUCUGCCGCUACAACGGUCCUGCUUGUCUACUUCCUAUUGUGCGCCGAGAACUACCGAUGGCAUUGGCGCGCAUUUAUCGGUGCAGGCAUGACUGGUGGAUAUGUCUUUGUGAAUGCCCUCCUCUUCUGGGCAACACGGGUCAGCUUUGGUGGAUUGACAGGAGCAGUGCUCUAUGUGGGCUAUUCCGCGUUAAUCGCCUUCAUUGUGUUCGUUCUGACUGGUUCCAUUGGUCUCUUCGCCAGUUGGGCGUUCAUCCACCGCAUCUAUGGCUCCAUCAAGGUGGAUUGA